UCCAUCUCCUGGAGGAAGACCACCACAGCGACCACGAUGAAGACUUGUGUCAUCCUCACUCUCCUGUUGAUGGCAGCUGUGUCACUAGCAGACAUCCAGAAGAGGGUAACCAGUGGGAGGGCCUGCAAGGCAGAAGAGUCUCAACAGCAUGUGUUUGUAGAGGCCAGAAAGGAGGGAAAAGUUGGGCGAUGCUGUGGCACCCUCAUUCAAGGAGGAUCCUGGGUCAUCACUGCAGGGCACUGCGAUGUAUUUGGAGAAUCAUUACGUGUUAUAGGGCUAAAUGGUGACCAUGUCGAUGUGGACCAGAAAGACAUUAAAAAACACAACAGUGCUGAUCUCAUGCUGUUGAAGUUAUCCAGAACAAUGAGUGGAGACAUUUCUCUCCCUGCUGAUGAUGACUGUAAGCCAGAGAAUUUUCAGGAAAUGAUGGCAUCUAACACUCCUUCUUUGGUGCUUGUUGGUCAGGAUACUAGUAGUGGUGACGCGGGGAAAAUCAUGUGUGGUGAUGUUCACCUGGGAAGAGCCUCAUAUGAAUGGAAAAGCACAGGUCAAGUUGUUCACUUGGGCAUCACACUAUCAUCUCAAGCGCUCGAAGGGGACUCAGGUGGAGGUUUAGUUCAAAAGAACGCCCUGAAUAAAUAUGUUCUUCAAGGUGUUAAUACAAGAUAUGACACAAAAGAAACAGUGUCUUUGGAUGUAUGUCACUACAGAACAUGGAUAAGUGACACCAUGACAAAAAACACAAAACACCACAAAAAACACUAAGUGUUAACUGCUAAGUGGUGUCAUUUGAAAAAGCCAAAUUCAAGUGUAUUCAUUGACACAUGUCAAUGUUCAUCAAUCAAUGAAUCAUUCAUUUAUUUGUAUUGUGUGUUACAAUAGGUUAUGUAAAAUGAUUAACCCUAUUUUCUAAAUUGCCUCUGAAAAUUUUCCAGGGUUUUAACAGACUCCUGUCUGAAUCGGGUACACCUGUUCGGUGCAGCAGCAGAUGAUAUUUUGACUAUCUGACUAGAGCAUCAAAUAUUGCGUUUUAUCCUAUACAUUGCAUUCAGAAUGAUUUAUCUUCUUGACAUAGCCCAUACCAGUGACAUACAAUCACUUUUGACUGAAUUUGAUUGCUGAUGCUGUACUUUGGAGUAAUAAUAAAGAGAUGUAAGAUCUUCCUAAUAGCAUGAA